AUGACAGGGAAAGAAGGGGUCGUGCUGACGGAAAGUUUAAAUAAACCGAAAACAUCCUCGCCUGCUGAAAAUGGGGGUACAAACAGCCACCAGCCAUCGAAGACCAAUGCCACACACCCUCCCAGGUGCACAGGAUUCGGGAUCCAAGAGAUUUUGGGGCUGAAUAAGGACCCUCCUUCGGCCCCGCGGAGCGCGUUGGAGUCUCUGCCGGCUGGGGCGCACCUGCUGGCCGCCAGGUCGAUGCUCGGUCCCGCUGGUGUUGGGGUUGGGAUGGGAUUAAUUGGCCCAGGAGGAAUCCCCUCUUUUUACAGCCAGCCUGCGUUUUUGGAGGUCCUGUCAGAUGCGCAGAACGCACACCUGCAGCCGCUCAGCAGGACCGUGGGACCGCUGGACACCAGCCAAACUGCGAGCUCAGAUUCCGAUGUAUCUUCCAGUGAACGAAAAUUAUCAAAGUCUUCACUGAGCCAGAGCAAGAAACGGAAGAAGAGGAGACACCGAACGAUUUUCACCUCUUACCAGCUAGAGGAGCUGGAGAAGGCCUUUAAUGAGGCACACUACCCGGAUGUGUACGCACGGGAGAUGCUGGCCAUGAAGACAGAGCUCCCCGAGGACAGAAUACAGGUCUGGUUCCAGAACCGCCGCGCCAAAUGGAGGAAGCGUGAGAAGUGCUGGGGCCGCAGCAGCGUCAUGGCGGAGUACGGCCUCUAUGGCGCCAUGGUACGCCACUCCAUCCCCCUGCCCGAGUCCAUCCUCAAAUCCGCCAAGGACGGCAUCAUGGACUCCUGCGCCCCCUGGCUCCUCGUCCAAGAUGGCUUUUCGAUGACCAGGCCCUUUUCUUAAUUCGAAUACCUACAAUUCUUUUUAGGGAUGCACAAAAAGUCAAUGGAGGCUGCUGUGACCACAACAACUGGGAAGUCGGAAGCUGCCCAGCAGCCGGGCAAUCAGAAAGCGGAGGAGCGGGAGGCAGAGGAGAGGACAGAAUGCAAGUCGCCCAUUUCCAAAGAGGAACUGAGGGAGAACAGCAUUGCGGCACUCAGGGCAAAAGCGCAGGAGCACAGUGCCAAAGUUCUGGGGACUGUUUCGUGUGACGGACUGGGGCGCAAGAUGGAAACCGAGGCUGCAGAGGAAAAACCCAGAGAUCCAUUAAGUCCAGCAGAAGAGGAAAAAAGUCCAUAA